UGGCUGCCAGGACCGUCCAUCCUUGCUGAGGGGGCUGGGGGGAGAGGCUAAAGACUCAGAACGCCAUUGGUGGAGUUGCCCACUGUUCAUCCCCGCCCCCCGCAGGGGGCGGGAGUGACAACGUCCCAAUUUCCGGUUCCGUCGGUACCUGGAGUUGGGUCGAGAUGGAGGAAGAUGCGACCGGAGGCCAUCAGUCGCCAGAAACAGAGGAUAGAGUGGGAGCUGCGGCCUAGAGGUCCGCGCUUGGAGUUCACCUCAGACGCGGCGGAACCGCCUUGAUCUGAGAAGUGGAAAUGGACACAUGACCUUGGGACCCUGGAUGACAGACACCCCAUUUGUCAGUGAUACAGUGACCCCCUUCUCUUGAAGUGCCUCAAAGGAGAAGAUUGCCGCACUGCCCUUGAUGGAUGUCCUAGGCUGAGGCUGGAGGCAGGGCCACUUUUGCCCAUAGCAAGUGUCACAUCAGUGUUCCAGGGGUUUUCCUCCUAGAACCCCAUCUCUAGCUCAUUUCCCAGGGCCUAGAUUCUCUGUUCUGGUCAACCCAGUUGUGUCAAGCCAUUGUUCUCUCCCAUUCACUGUCCACAUGUAUUCCUCCAUUCAAGCUGGUUUGUCCUCCUCCAGGAAGCCUGUCUUGGUUACAUGUGCCUCAGCUCACAUGUACUCAGUUUGCACUGCAGGUAUCUUGUACUUUAAUGAAAGUGAUACGGUCCAGCUCAGGGAAUUCCAAAAAACUAACCUUGCUUCCCCAAUGACUUAUAUGGUAAACCAAGAUGCUACUUAGGCUGCUUAGGACCUUUGGUUGGGGAAGGUGGUUGAGGGUGAACUCUGGUUAUACACUUGACAUGAGAGUUGUCAAGGCACUGGCACUGGGACUGCUUGUGUAGAACAUUUCAGCUCUCUAGAAUUGUCCUUUUGACGUGGCCACCUCCUUUCCCAGCUGUUAAGGAUUUUUCUCAGAGAUUAGGGAGCCCCUAACUUCUCGCUUCCUGGACUAACUUCCCACUUUCCCCUUCUGACUGAAAAUGUCCAGUAUCCCCCACAGGAGCACAUUACAUUGUCACUAAGUGCACGUCCAAUAUUUGAUGUCCUUUCGUUUGACAUUUCUUAAGUUGGAAGCUCCUGAUUUUGUACAGUUAUUACAGUUCUAAGCUUAUUAGUUUUGUUUGAAACUUUAGUCCGUGGAUACACUUAACAUGAGGGCCACAUGUACAUUAAUUUGCUCUGGUUUCUUUAUCUCUGUGUCUUACGUCCAUUCCCCAGAGGGUUACUGUGCCCCCUUGAAGACACUGAGUUUCUCGAAGGCAGAGUCGCUAUAUCUUCUCUGUCACUUGAAUCUCCCUUAAUUUAUCUAGGGCUGAGAUUAUUUAUAUGCAUGCAGAUGAAAGGAGCCAAGCAUAUUCUGUACCCUGUGGUUCUCAAGACUCUUUAAGGGCAACUGCUUAGCUCUCAGGUGGUUCUUUUCUUUCUCUAGAAUGAGUUAUCUAAUAACCAGAGAGGACUCUGACCUUUGGCCUGUUCCUGACUUUCUAAGUCCUUUCAUUAGAGGGAAGGGAGGUGGUGGUGGUGGUGGGUGCCUGUGGAGUGAAAGCUGCACUUGCCUUCUUUCUCGCACUUCCUUCUAAUGCAGACUGGAGAAAGUGUAAGUGCAGUGAGUGUGGGUCAGGAGAAGCUCAGAGGGGCCAGCGGGGGAAACCAGAAAUAAAGUGAGUCAGCUGGUAAAUGGAGAUAAAAGAGGCAGCCUGCUGAGGCUCAAAGGCCAAAGGCCAAAGGCCAUGCCUCUUCAGUAUGCCCAAGAGCAUCAAAAACAGAACACUUCCUUUUAGCCUUUAGGAACUUCUGGAAUAUCACUUAGGGACAUCCCAUUAGCCCACCUAAAAGCCUUCCAUCCUGCCAGGUGACGGUUUGUCCCCAUCAUCCUGAGCUGUCUGGGUGAGCUAGAGAAGGAAAAGGAGAAUGGGCCAUCACACCAGGGCCUGGGCAGAGGCAGAGAGACCAGAACAGACGAUCUGGGGGUAGGGGGCUGAGGCGGGAGUGGAGCCAGGGGAGCCCCUGAGGUGAGAAACAGUUUUCAGAAGAGGGGUCCUGAAUUGGGAGGGACUGGCAAAGGAGAGAGAAGGAGGCACUGUCCUGAUCUGUGGAGGAAGAAUCAGGCAAGGGUUGGCAGAGCCAGACUGGAUGAAGUCUAAGCGUUGGGGAAAUCUCCAGGCGCAAUGGAAGACAAACGUAACAUCCAGAUCAUCGAGUGGGAACACCUGGACAAGAAGAAGUUCUAUGUGCUCGGGGUGGCAAUGACCAUGAUGAUCCGCGUCAGCGUGUACCCGUUCACCCUCAUCCGCACACGCCUGCAGGUUCAGAAAGGCAAGAGCCUCUACCAUGGGACCUUUGACGCCUUUAUCAAGAUCCUCCGGGCAGAUGGUGUGACUGGCCUCUACCGGGGCUUCCUGGUCAACACCUUCACCCUCAUAUCUGGCCAGUGCUAUGUUACCACUUAUGAACUUACCCGGAAAUUUGUAGCUGACUACAGCCAGAGCAACACAGUCAAAUCACUGGUGGCCGGUGGCUCGGCCUCUCUGGUGGCUCAGAGCAUCACGGUGCCCAUUGAUGUGGUCUCCCAACACCUGAUGAUGCAGCGCAAGGGUGAGAAAAUGGGCCGCUUCCAAGUGCGAGGGAAUCCAGAGGGACAUGGGGUAGUUGCUUUUGGCCAAACCAAGGACAUCAUCAGGCAGAUCCUGCGGGCUGAUGGACUUCGUGGCUUCUACCGAGGCUACGUGGCUUCACUGCUUACUUACAUCCCAAACAGUGCUGUCUGGUGGCCCUUCUACCACUUCUAUGCAGAGCAGCUCUCGUCCCUCUGCCCUAAGGAGUGCCCACACAUCGUCUUUCAAGCCAUCUCGGGGCCUCUGGCUGCAGCCACUGCUUCCAUCCUCACCAACCCCAUGGAUGUCAUCCGAACCCGAGUACAGGUGGAGGGCAAGAACUCCAUCAUCCUGACCUUCCGACAGCUAAUGGCAGAAGAGGGGCCUUGGGGCCUCAUGAAAGGCCUUUCGGCCAGAAUCAUCUCAGCCACGCCCUCCACCAUUGUCAUUGUGGUGGGCUAUGAGAGCCUCAAGAAACUCAGCCUCCGACCUGAGCUGGUGGACUCGAGACACUGUGUGAGGAGUCGUGCCAGUCAUGGUACCCUCUGGAGGGAUGCUUGGAGGAGGGUAAAGGGCGGGUGAGGAAGUCACCCAAUACCAGGACCACUGCAUUUACCAGCCCGACACUGCCGAGAUUAUCGUUGAAGCUCUCAGGAGCUAGACGAUGAGCGCGUCUUCCCUGCCUCAGCCUUCCCCCCACAACACACACCUCCUCUACCAAGCCUGUGUUGCAGGUGAGGAGAGAUGCAGCAAACGGAAUGAGAAGGCAGCAUGUCAAACCGUGCACUUCUACCUGAGACAUCUGGCCUGGAUGACCCUUCCAACGUUCUUAUUGGACCCCACCCCGGGAGAGCCACGGUGCCAACCCGAAAGGUGCUAGCUACCCGAAGCCUUGAUAGUUCUUGUGGCUGCCCCACCUUCUAUCCCCCGGGCCAGAUCAGAAUCUGAAUUCUCUACCUUCACCACCACCACGGCCCAUCUUGGGCUCUUAUCUUUGAGGGUUAUUUUUUCUCUCACUUAUUUUUAUUUUUGUUUGUCCCUUCUUGCACUUUGUCAAGAGUCCUCCAAUUCCUAUUCACAAAUGGUCAUCUAAAGGGUUGGGCUCACAGAUCAUUCUGAAUCUUCGUGCCUCUAAGUCAGUCCUUUACCCUAAGAACCACCAACAUAAUAGAAGCCAGGGGUCCCUCCUUUCUCUUUACACUCAUCCUACUGAGACCUUUAGAGGUUGUGUUUCUCAGCUCCACACCUUCCCCUCCCUAGAGCCUUGUCCUCAGUCCUUCCCCACCAUUACAGAGUGGGUAAAGUAUUACGCACAGGAGGUAGUCUCCUGCUUCUCAUGUCUUAGGUUGUUUCUCCCUCCCAGACUCCUCCCCCAGACUCUUUUCCUUCCAUUUUAUUUUCUUGUACAGUAUUUCAGUCUUUCACCUGUUUCCUGUUCCCGCUCUCUCACACCCACACACACACACACACACCCACCCCACGGAGUUUUAAAGGAUGAUGGGCUUCUACUAAAAGGGACCCCUGGCCCCUACUUUCCCAUCUAAUAUUUUAGGGACGGGAUUGGGUUUGGUUAAAAUAUGUCUUGGUGGGGAUAGGACAGUGGGCUUCCAUUUUCCCAGGACCAUGGUUCGGACCAAUUGGAAUUUUUGAUGUAUUGGUCUGUAGCCAAAAUUGGAAGAAACUGGGCAAGACGGGAAACCUGGGCAAGACGGGAAAACUGGUGGGAGUAUUGAAGGACAGGGGAAUAAAAUGGAGAUGCAGUUAACAUGUGAUGAAGUGGACUCUUGUGAAUAUUAACAGCGAACAUUCACUGUUGCACUGUACGAAGACUCUUAAGUGUAAUUAAACGUUUUUACUGAGUCCCUGAGCUUUGCGCUUGUUUUGCCCGCUUGCGGAGAAAGGACUUAAGGGUAUCUUGGUCUUGCGUCUAUAACCCUC